AAUAGGUUCAACGACCGUCCCUCUCUUUGAGAACGAGCAGGUCGGAGAGAAAAGACACCGUCAAGGAGAACGAGCAGGUCGGAGAGAACGAGCGAGCAGGUCGGAAGAAAGAUCUGGAUCUCAGCAGAUCUGAGAACGACGAGAUCUGAGCAGAUCUGAGAACGAGCAGAUCUGAGUGGAGCGAGCAGGUCUGAGAACAGCAGGUCGGAAGCCAGCCCUCUCCUGUCCGCACCUCUUCCUUCACUGUUGCUGCUCACCGAAGAACCAGGCGACUGUACUUCAUCUAUCAGAUCCGAACUUCAGACAGCAGCAGAUCUGGUUCUCACGGAGCAGAUCCGACAGAUCAAAACGAGAGCAGAGCAGGUCUGGUUCUCACGGCGUCCGACGAACAGGUCCGGCGUCCGACGAGCAGGUCCGGCGUCCGACGAACAGAAAAAUUUUGGGAUCUUUGGUGCGUUUUGAGAGAUGAACGACGAAGGAGAGUGUAGUUCUGAGGCGGAGGGAAUUCUGGGAUCCCAUGGGGAUCGGCCACCGGAUAGAGGUAAACAAAAAAAAAUCACUGAUUUUUGGUCGGUUGAACAUAGGCUUCAUUCCCUCCAGGAUCCUGGGGAGGCCCCUAGCGUACAGCAUGAGACUGAAACAGAUUCUGCCAGAAACAUAGCGAAGGGGACUGAGAAGCAGUUUCAGGUGGAGGCUACCAUUGACGCUUUACCUGUAUUAAGGGAUGGCGGGAUUGUCCAGAGGGAGAAAUCCUAUGCUACGGUGACGAAGAGAACCCUUCCGAACAUCGAGAACCUUCCAGAUCCGAUUCAUGCAGGGCCCCUCACUAAGGUAGUUAUCCCUCAGGAAGCAUAUGAGGAGAAGCUGCAAAGUUUCGACUUUGCGCUGAUUGGGAGAGUCAAUUUCCGUUAUAUUUCAAUGAAUGAUGUGCGAAGUGCUGCCAAGGAGGCCUGGAAUCUAAAAGGUAGUGUAACUCUUGCUCCCUUAGGGAAAGGCUUCAUUCUUCUCCGAUUUGAAAUUGAAGGGGACAUGUCAUCGAUGUGGAAACGAGGUCCAGUUAAGGUGAAGGGACAAGUCAUUCGAUUUCAGCGUUGGCGCCCAGAAUUUAGUAUUCAUGAUGACCAUACCCAAACUAAAUUAGUUUGGAUUCGCUAUCCUGAAUUGCCUAUGGAAUAUUGGCAUGAGCGAAUUUUAUUAUCAAUGGCAAAGGCCUCUGGCCGCCCUGUGGAGAUAGACCGUCGGACGAGGAACGCUACUAUGGGUAGCUAUGCACGUAUCCUUGUAGAGGUGGAAAUUGGGGGUUCUCGUGUGGAGGAGAUCCAGGUGGAGAGAAAGCAACCGAGAACGAACACUUUAUUCUGGUUUAAACAGAGAAUCUUGUAUGAAGACGAGAUUGACAGAUGUUUUUUUUGUAAAAAACUGGGUCACUCUAUCAACCAAUGCAGGGAGAAGAAAGAUAAGGAGAGGUCCGAUGAAGGCUUAAGGGGAGAUGCUGCUGUGAAUUUGGACCAAGGAGGUGGUGGCCGAACCGAGGAUGGGCAGAUCUCAACGGCGACAAAUCCUGAUGUUUCUUGUGACAUGGAAAGGGUUAAUUUGGAAGGAUAUAUUCAGCCUCUUUUGAUUAAGGAAAAUACCAUAAAUAAUGGAGAUCUUCCAAUGGGAGAUUCCACUACAAAUUUGGACGGUAGUAUGGAUAGGAAUCAAGGUGAUUUGGAGAUAUUCCUCCCAAUAUCUCACGCUCCUACUACAAAUGCCCAUGAUCUGUUUAUGGUGGAUAAUCCACUUGGUGAAGGUGGAUAUGGAUAUGGAUCAGACCCAGCUGAAUCUGAUUUCUCUCCCUCUGAGAAGGAAACGCAGGCUUCUGAGGAAGAAAAUAUGAAUAAGGCUGCUGGUCCGAUCAUGGUAGGUGUGCCAGAAAAUACGGGGAGUGAGAAGGUACAGCGUAAAUUACGUCCUCGCAAGAAUAGAGUGUCGUAUACCGCCGCUCGUGGAGGAAGAACCCAAGUCAGAGGUGGCAAGAGUGGGAGAACUCAAAAUUGGGGCGAGGAGGUUCAUGUGGUCUCUAGCAUGGCGUCAUCUCAGUACUUAGGAGGCAAGAUGAUUAUUCAACACCAAGAGAUUGCGGAAUUGGAUAAUGCCAUAUGCCGGGCAGAGGAAGAAAGUAGAAAAGGGAAGACAAUCGCAGUGACGGGGCAGGCGUCAAGGUCUGACCGUGAGACUGUGCUCCAUGGGUGAUUUUAUGAAGAUCCUAUUUUGGAAUAUCAGAGGGAUUAAGAAGGCGGCAGGCAGGAAUGCCUUACGACAUUUUAUUGAGGAUAGAGCUCCGGACAUUAUAUGUAUAGCAGAGCCGAUGAUUGAGGUAAGUGCUUUUCCAAAUUUAUUUUUUAAUAAAUUGGGAUUCAAUAGUUCUUUCA